CGCCAGCAGCUGGCCCAGAGGCGCAUGAGGGGCGCGGCCACCCUGGUGGCCGUGGGCGACUUGGCGGGGCGGCCCCGGCAAGAGGAAGGGCCAGGCUCCAUGCUGCGGUACGACGAGGUGGCUCAGCAGUGGCUGCCCCUGGCCAACAAUCUGCCUCCGGACCUGGUGAACGUGCGUGGUUAUGGGGCGGCAACGCUGGACAACUACCUGUUCAUCGUCGGGGGCUACCGUGUCACCAGCCAGGAUAUCUCGGCCACCCACUGUUACAAUCCAUGCUUGAAUGAGUGGAGUCAGAGGGCGUCCAUGAACCAGAAGAGGUCCAAUUUUAAGCUUUUGGCUGUAAAUGGGAAGCUCUAUGCUGUUGGUGGUCAAUCCCUUUCCAAUGUGGAAUGUUACAACCCAGAGCAUGACUGGUGGAAUUUCGUGGCCUCUAUGCCAAACCCUCUUGCAGAAUUCUCAGCUUGUGAAUGCAAAGGCAAGAUCUACAUCAUUGGAGGAUACACUUCACGAGAUAGGAAUAUGAACAUUCUGCAGUACUGUCCCAUCUCGGACUCGUGGACCAACUUUGAAGUGUGCGAAGUCCAUGUUCGCAAACAACAGAUGCUCUCUGUUGAGGAAACCAUAUACUUGGUAGGAGGUUGUAUUCAUGAACUGGGACCAAAUCAAAAAUCCAGCCAAAGUGAAGACAUGUUAACGGUGCAGUCUUACAACAUUGCCACCAGAGAAUGGGUCUGCCUCAAGGAGAACACAUCAAAAUCAGCAAUAGCCAAGAUGAAACAAGGAACAAUUGGGAGAAGGUUGUUAUUUCUGUUACUCUACUUCCAAGGAAAAAAAUGGGUCGUAUAAGAGUGAGUGUUAAUUUUCUUUAAUCCUCAAUCUAGUAAGAAAUGGUAUUGGUGGUAUUCAGGUAUUAUGAGGAAACUGGUUUGUGUUGGUGUUGCGAGAAAGAAAGAAAGGCAGAGAUAACAGAACUUGGAGCACUGUAAAAAGGAAGAUUAAUCAUCCCUGUCUCCUGAGGGAGGUAGUUUUACUUAAUAAAUGGUGUUAGUCCCAGGGCAGAACUUGAAGAGUUUUUAUUGACGUUAGCAAAGUUCAUGAAUUGCUCUCAAGAAUCCCUUUCUAAAGGUAACAACUUAGUAGAUUUUAUUGAUUUUUGCACUUACAGAGAUGACCAAAGGGUGGCUCCCAACACCCACUGUAAAUUUUAACAGCAAGAACAAAAGCCCUAAGGUGGCAAGAGAUAUUAACAUUCUCUACAGACUGAAUGUUUUUUGUCUCUUACAUAGGUACCUGUGCAAUUCUUGCUACCUUUCCAAAAAAGGAGAGAGAAGAUUGAAAAAGAACCUUGGCCUUUGUGAGCCGAGGUGGAUUGUUCUUUUGUGUCUUUAAAAUUUGUAUCCUAAUUGCAUAUGAUAUGUGUGUUUUGCUUUUUCUAGUAGACUUAGCACUACCAAUAAGACAGUGUUAAAUAUGCUAUCAGAAUUACAAACUUUUCUUUGUACACUUUAAUUUGCUUAUAGCAGUCAGGAGUACAGACACACUUUCUUGCAUGUGAACUCUGCCUGUGAGAAAAAUUGAAGUCACUGCAACUCCUGCGUUCCUUUCUCUUGUUGCAGACAGACCAGGCACUAUGUUGUUCUGAAAGGGCUAAUUCUGCAAGGUGGUGAGCACCUAUAACUUCCAUAUGCUUCACUGGGAGAAAUGAUGCUUUGUUUUUUAUACAGCAUUGAAGCCCUAAAUACUUCCCAUUUGCCAAUGCUCUUAAACUUCUCCAAGGUGCAGUAGUGUACGGACGUGUAAUCUGUCCUAUAUUUUCUAUUUCAGUCCUGUUCUGUGACUUUUUGUUUUAAUCUCUUGUUGACUUUCUGCUGACUGACAUUUUAUGAUAUUUUUUUAAAUGCUUGUGCCCAGUGAUGAUAGACAUGUUCUAGAAAGCAGUAUUUUUUCAAUAAAUAAAGUGGACUAUUCUCCACCAGUAUUAGAACUUGAAGGGAGCUUGUACACUAAUCAUAGAUCCUUUCUACCCACCUGUGCUUCUGACUGAUCACAGUUAACCACCGACCAUGUAACAACUUUUGAUCACACUGAACAGGUUGGUGAGAUCCUGCUGUGGUACUUCAGCUCCCAUCAUCAUAAUGCUCAAGGGUUGGGCACUUUUCUCCCUUCACUUCCCAAAUCCCUGCCAAUGUCAGGUUUUCAAUGCAAGGUUUAUCCUCCUGGCACCUGCCUGCUUCC